AUGCAAGAGAAUCAGCAGCAGAGUGGCGGCGGACGGCCCUAUAGGUCUCACCUCCGGCCGGCGUGUGUGCCCUGUCGCCGGAGAAAGUCACGAUGCCAGACCGCAGGCGAUGCUACCGUAUGCCUGACGUGUCGUGCUCACGGCACUGAGUGCUACUUUCCCGGAGACUCACAAACAUCUGAAUCUCCGGAACCUGCUCGUCGCCGUCGCCGUCGAGUGGAAGCUCGGCCGUCACCCGAUGCAUCUGGCGCAAGCCCCUUGAGGGUUGCACGAGGAGUGGUGCCGUUCCACGGGAAUGCAAAAGCCAAUACCUCGGCGUCCAUCAUUGGGUCGAGAGGCACGUCCAUGGGGCGGCAAAGUUCAAUGGCAGUGUCAAACGUGCCGCCUAGGUCCAUCACCGGCAUGUCAAGAACAGAUCAAGGAGAAGAGUCAACUCUGGCCCUAGGCUCCGAUGAUGACCAACAUCUCAAUCUACACAUUGUAGGACCGGCCUCUACCAAUGAUAGUCAGGUUCUAUCUACGUAUCUCUCGGGUAUACCCGGAGCUACUCGGAGCACUAGAAUGAUCAUUCCGGAGCCCGCCAGCUGUUCACGUCCGGUUCUGUUCACUGAGGUCCAGAAGAGACCGGUGGGCCUCAAGUUGAAUCGUAGUUUCUCAGCAGAAAAGUUGGAGAUUAUUGAGAAGCUCCUGGAACCUCAUAAUGAGGCCGUCAUUGACGAAUACUUUAGAAAAGUAAAUGUGUGCCUACCACUUCUGGAUGAAGUCUCAUUUAGGCGUCAAUACCGGGAAGACAAGACGCGAAUUUCGCCAGCGCUGCUGGCAUGCCUUUAUGCCCAUACCAUUGUGUACUGGCAAAGCUCCCCAGUCUUGAGUCGGUACAGGUGUCCAGAGAGUCGUUUCAUCUGGAACCUCGCCAACGAAGCCGUAUACUCGGAGCUUCAUCUAUCACCCGGCAUGUCUAUCAUCAAGGCAAUAGUACUCAAUAUUGGUGGACGCCCUACCACCUCUCUGAUAGGUAAUGGCGUGCUUCUCGGAUCUGCAGUCUCCAUGGCACAUUCGUUGGGACUGAACCACAACCCUCUUCCAUGGCAGAUUCCGCUACCAGAGAAAUAUUUGCGCAUGAAAAUUUGGUGGGCGCUGUUAGUCCAUGACAGAUGGACAAGCUUGGCACACGGCACGCCGCCUCACAUCCAAAAGUCUCAGUAUGACGUGCCUCCGCCAACUCUAGAGUAUCUUAGCGAAGGCUUAACAGACGGAAAUAACCCGUGCUCUGAGCUUAGAACCAAUAUCUUCAUUUCGCUAGUAACCCUGAGCGAAGUGCUUGACCGAUUUCUGCAGUACGUGUACUGCGUUAGACGAGAUAAACAGACCACUACCGAUCUCGAGCAUGCAUUGCAUCGAUGGGUUGAGACAUUGGAGGGACCCUGUCGCCGGAUUGUUCUGCGAGGAUCUCAUCUGGAUGUUACCGGAGCCGCAAACCUUCGCCUGGCAUAUUUAACCGCCAAACUGCUAUUACAGAGGAUACAGCUCGAGGCAGAGAAACAAGGAGACCAUGUCAACGAGGAGGGGGUGUUGAAUCGAUAUUCUGGGGCACGCAUGACAUCUGAGGAGAUGUUGAUGCUCAUUCAAGACUUUCAGCCGGAACACCUCGGUGACUUCUGGAUGUCCGUCAGCUCCUUUUCUUUCCCGGCUGCGGUCAACUUCUUGUUGCGGUGCGCGCUGGAGACUGAGAACUCUCCCGAGGGACUGACCCAAAGCCCCUCGUUCAAGAUUGCCCGCGACAUAAUCACCACACUUCGAUCACAUCAGGAGCAGUACAAAUGGGAUUUGGGCGACAUCUGCCUUGCCCAACAUGCCGAGAUUGUGGAGAAGAUCCUGGCGGGCGUGGCGCCAGACGAGCAAGGUGGAAAUAGUAGCAGCCUUGACCUCCAGGACUUUGACGCCUCGAUCCUGGACCACAUCUUUCCAAGCGUAUGGGACCCGUUGCAAAACGCCUGGUAA